CGGCUCUUAGGGUCCGAGUGCUCGCACCAAACUGCUUGGCACAUUUCCCUCAGAACCGAAACCCCGAAAAUUCUCACUAUUUCUUCAUUUUGACCCUUGCAUUGACAGCGCUCGCUCAGUCCAUGAAAGCCAAAGUUCGUCUCUCAGACUCCGUGACAUCGCACACAGAUUUCCGUUCCACUUCAAAAUUACACAAGAGAAUUUAAUUGAUUAGUAAAAUCAAAAAGACGAUCACAAUUAACACUGCCGAAAGAACGCUGCCAGUCAAACAAUGGCCUAAGUAAGAUGUACUGAAGGAGAGCUUCCACUAAGCUAUAUGGAGUUAAGAUGGAUUUGGAGAAGGAAGUUGAGGCAGUAAACAGCUCUCUUGUAGUGCACACUGAUUCAUUAGAUUUGGAAAAGGAAGUUGAGGCAGUAAACAGCUCUCUUGUAGUGCACACUGGUUCAUUAGAAGGAGGGGCAGUUCUAGAACCAUAUGUGGGUUUGGAGUUUGAUUCUGAAGAUGCUGCUCGGAAAUUCUAUGUUGAGUAUGCUAGACGGGUAGGAUUUGUCGUGCGAAUAAUGCAACGGCGCCGUUCCGGCAUUGAUGGGAGAACUCUUGCCCGUCGACUUGGAUGUAACAAACAGGGUUUUUCACCUAAUCAGAGGGGCACAGUUGGACCGGAGAAAAAGCCACGGCCUAGUGCACGAGAAGGAUGCAGGGCAACUAUUUUGGUGAGGAUGGAGAAGUCCGGGAAAUGGGUUGUUUCAAGAUUUGAAAGUGAACAUAAUCAUCCUCUGGUUGCUACUGCUAAUGGGUUCAGCACAGCGGGUGAUAAGGAUAAGAAAAUCGAAGAACUUAUGAGGGAGUUGGAACAUCAGGAGCAGUUAUGUGCUGCUUACAGAGAAAAAUUACUGAGUUUUAUGAAUAAUGUUGAAGAGCAAACGGAAGAACUGUCCUCAAAAAUCCAAGUUAUUGUUGACAAUGUCAGGAAAGUUGAAUCCGAAGUGCAAAAACUUUCCCACCGUAGAUAGCCUUGCAUUCUAACCUGAGUAUAUAUAUUUGGUAGAUAUGGGUGAGAUUGUGUAUAAUCCAUGUUGAGUUUUCAGUGUUGUAUAGGGCUUGCUAGGAUCAUUUUCUUGAAGUCCAGAUCAUUGUUCUCUCUCUCUCUCUCUCUCUCUCUCUAAGGUAAGGUAAGUUUACUGCAAACUGUAGGAGUAAAAAUUCCAGAAAGAAUAGCUCUAAUUAGCUGUGCCAGAAUUCUUUAAUGUUUUGAAAAUUAUUUUUAUUAA